AUGGAAUCGUCGCAAGAUUUCAAUUCUCUCCAGGAGGAGAUCCAAAAGUCUCUCAUCUCGACCAUCAAGUCGGCCAAUCGCAUCGCAUCGCAUGACCUGAGCUUCCAGCGCACUGUCAAUCCAGAUGUUGCCGAAGAGCUCGACGAUAAGACAUCGCGCAUUCUCGAUCUCUCGACGCGGCUUCUGAACUCGGCGGCUCGAGCCUGUGGCCUGAAGCCGCCAAAGUUGGAAGACCCUGAAGAUGUGGACAUGAAUUGGCGCAAGGUGGUGGAUGUGGUGGACUCUGUUCUGGAAAAGGCAGAUCGGGCUAUCGAUGAGUAUACGGGACUGGUCAAACAGAGAGAGAAUGGAGAUUCAGAUUCCAACUCAAAGCCAAAGCAAACCAAGUCGACCAAUAAAGUCAUCCGCAACGCCAACGUGAAGAAGCCACAGCUGGACUUUGAAAUCAAACCGAAUAACUUUCCGGACGGGCCAUGGAAGCCCCUGUUGACGGAGAAACCGCACGCAGAGGUAUCUCUAGAUGACAGCCUUGUCACCUUUACCGGGGACAAUGGAGCGCCUCAGUUUAAACACCCAUAUGAACCAGAGAUAUCGAGUAUGCAGUACCCCGAUCGAGUAUUCCAGAUCCUGGACCCGAUACCACCUCAACCAAUCGAGUCAACCGCAGCCACGUGGGUAGAUACGUACGAGGGUGUUGUCGAGAUGCUCCAGGAGUUGAAAGAAGCGAAAGAAAUUGCGGUCGAUUUAGAGCAUCACGAUUUUAGGACAUACGUUGGGCUCGUCUCCUUGUUGCAGAUUAGCACUAGAGAAAAGGACUGGAUUGUUGAUACGUUGAAACCUUGGCGGCAUAAGCUCCAAGUUCUCAACGAGGUCUUCGCUGAUCCUACCAUCGUCAAAGUCUUUCACGGUGCAUAUAUGGACAUGGUUUGGCUUCAGCGAGAUCUUGGGCUCUAUGUUAAUGGCCUCUUCGACACAUUCUUCGCAAGUGAUGCUUUACAUUAUUCCAGCAAGAGCUUGGCAUUUCUCCUCUCCAAGUUUGUCAAUUUCGAGGCCGACAAGCGAUAUCAGUUGGCUGAUUGGAGGAUGCGGCCGCUCCCUGAAGAGAUGAUGUAUUACGCUCGCUCAGAUACCCACUACCUUCUCUACAUUUAUGACAGAAUUCGAAACGAUCUGGUCCAGUUGUCGGAUCGAAGCAACCCCGAGAAAGAUCUUAUCAGCAUUGUUCUGAAAAAAUCGCGAGAACUUUCACUUUCACGCCAUGAGAACCUUGAAUUUAAUGCAGAAACUGGCGAGGGGUCUAGGGGCUGGUUUAACUUUGUCUUAAAGAAUUCGCAUCUUGGCUACAAGAGCGAUCAGUUCGCUGUUUUCAGGACUCUUUGGAAAUGGAGAGAUGUGACUGCGCGCACAGAAGACGAGAAUCCCAACUUUGUACUUGGCACCAACAGUCUGACCGAGAUUGCACGGGCCAACCCUCCGGAUGCCAAGGCCCUUCACAGCCUACUACCGCUUACUGCUCCCCUAGCCCGAUCCAAGGUGAAUGAGAUUUGGAGUCAGAUACAAGAGGAAAAGGCAAAGGGAGGACCAACUCUUCUGCAAUUUUUUAUUGCCCGAGAUCCGUCAUCACAGCAAAGGGGCGGAAUUCCCAGAGUAACAAAGGCCCAAAGUCAAACCACAAAAUUGGAAGGAGCUGCCACGGCCACAAAGCUGCAACGCUCGCAGUUAUUUGGAAAUGUUGCUGUUAGCUCAAGAUGGGAUGAAACAAAAGGAGCAGCUGCUGUACAAGAAGACUACUUCCCUUUCCCUUGGCAACGGUUUGUUGAAGACGCUACAGACUUCGUUGUUGGAGCCCAGCCUGUUCAAGAAACCCCAGCGGCAACAGAAGAGCCAACAAAACCAGCAGCCACCGUUCCCUCCGCCGAAGACGAGAAGGGCGAAGAGUUCACUCUGCGCAGAGGAAGGAAGAGAAAAUCCGACGCCAUUGAAAAUGAUGAGACGUCAUCUAGUGAAGGCGAGGAGAUCCAGGACGAUGUUAUGGAUGACAACGCCGUCAUUGAGAUAGAGGAUGAAGACGUACCCCCCGGGGCAGCUAAGAGGGCGAAGAAACUAGAGAAGAAGAGGAAGAGAGACGAAGCCAAGAUGGCCGAGGAACGGCAACGCUUGGAGCUUCGUACUAAGCGACAAGGUGAAAAGCUUGCCCGUAAAGACCAGCGGAAGAAUCAGCAACAGCCAGCGGGCUCGUACCAAGCUGUUCCUUUCGACUACAGCAAAGCAGCAUCAGUUCUUCAUGCCAAGAGGGAUGAAGCCAAGGGGUCAGCUCAAGAAGACAAGAAGAAGGUGUUUGACCCAUAUGCGAAGACAGGCGAUGAUGAGAUUAAACCGGCAAGACGGAUGCCGCCAAUUAGGGGCGAGAAAAGUGCUACAUUCAAGAAGUGA